AUGCUGGAUCUUUUUUCAUUGCAUGUACUAAGUAGAAGUAGUGGCUAUUGUGCUUUGCCAGGAACUAGAGGGUUCCACUCAACCGGAGUGAAGAGAAUGGGUGGACAUGGCCAUGAUGAACCAUACUACAUGCAUGCCAAACACAUGUACAACUUGGACAGGAUGUCGCACCAGAAGUUGAAGGUGACCCUUGGGGUGUUCACUGCAUUCAGCAUCGGCGUGGGUGUUCCUAUUUGGGCUGUCCAUUUCCAACAAAAGAAAACCGCCUCUGGUUGA